AUGAAUGAAACUAAUGCUGGAGCUACCGAGGAGAGGUACGGGAUCACGGACCCUGUCACUGUCGAGGGGCCGGCGGAAGGCGACAAAGAGGCAACGGCCGAACUUCUGAAGUUCUUGAGAGCGCACAACCUAUACGAAACUGAAGAGGGGAAACUCAAGAGGGAAAAGGUGUUGGAAGCGCUCAACCGUCUGCUGCAGCAAUUUGUCCGAAAAAAUGCGGCGCGCCACCUAGGAAUACAAGACGACGAGGCUGCAAAAAUAUCAGCAAAGCUUCUCACAUUCGGUUCAUACAGGCUCGGAAUUGUGGCUCCGGACAGCGAUAUCGAUUGUCUAUGCCUCUGCCCGCAGUCGGUGACCAGGGACGCCUUCUUCACCGACUUCUACAACCUACUAAAGCAAGUCAACUUAAUAACCAAAUUGCACGCCGUUCCCGACGCUUACACGCCAGUAAUCAAACUUACAUAUGAUGGCAUUGAUAUUGACUUGCUUUUCGCCAGCCUGCCGGCGUCAACCGUGCGCGAGGAAAUCGACGUCCUCGACGACGCUAUACUCAGAAACAUGAACGAACCCACCGCACGCAGCAUCAACGGAUGCAGAGUGGCGGCGCUCAUGUUAGCACUCGUGCCCAACAAGGAAAACUUCAGGACAACGCUCAGAUACGUUAAACUCUGGGCCAACAGGAGAGGUCUCUACACCACCGUCAUGGGGUACAUGGGAGGAGUGGCGUGGGCUAUCCUCACGGCACGGGUGUGCCAACUGUACCCGAACUUCCUCCCAAACCAACUCAUACAAAAGUUUUUCAGGGUGUACGCGCAGUGGAAUUGGAAGUUUCCCGUCAUGCUCUGUAAGAUCAAAGAGGUGCCAAACCUCCCGGGAUAUAUGGCAUUCAAGGUCUGGGAUCCCAGAAACAACGCGACAGACAGGCAACAUCUCAUGCCCGUCAUCACACCCGCAUUCCCCUCCAUGAACUCCACGCACAACAUCACGCUCACCACCAAGCGCAUACUGACGGAGGAGUUCAAAAGGGCGCAUGAAUUGCUCAAAUCGCAAAGGAAGGCAUCCGAUAUGUCCAGGGUGUGGGAGCAGGUCCUUGAAAAGGAGGACAUGUUUGCAUCCCACAAGCACUUCCUCGUCAUAGAGGUGAUGGCAGCAACGGAACAUGUGAGGCACCUUCAAUAUUCCCAAAAUAUAUGA